AUGUGGGCGGCUGCCUCCCAAGCCGACCUCGAGCGAGCCGUCGACCUGCUGGGCCUCAUCAGCGUCCCCGCCACCUUGGACGUGGACGCGAACUCCUCCGCAUCCUACAACCCCUCUACGUCUCAGGCAAGCUCAGCGCCGUUCCACCCUAACCAGGUCACCUUUGCUGGAGAUGUGCUCGCUUCUGCCGCACACGACACCCUCAAGAGCCUCGCGCCCGCUCUCGCCAUUCUGCACGACAGCCACGCUCAGUUCCUGCGCAUGACCAGUGACCGCGCUGCAGCGGUGCAGCAAACACAGACCAUGUCGGGUGCCCUGGGUAUCGCCGUCUACUUUUACGCCCACGUCCUCGAGCCCAUCAACGCCAUCCUGCAGGCGCUGCUUCAGCACACGGGCCACAGGGUGUAUUGGCAGAUUGCGGGAACGGGCGAGACGCACGCACACCUCCGCUGGCAUGUCCCUGGUGCUGGUGCGCAAGCCACCACACUCGGCAUCAUCCGGUUCAAGACCAAGCUGUCGCUGCCGCUUUUGACGAUGGAUAGGAUGCUGGACGAAAUCAGUGGGCAAGUCGGGAAUGAUCACUGUCACGCCGCGUCGCGUCGGGUGCUGGACGAGCUUGGCGGCCAGGUGGGUAGCUGCCGCCCAAACAUCGCCUUCCUCUGCAACUACGAGACCCUGCUGCCUUGUCGGUGCGACCACGACGGCGCAACGACCGUUUUACACUUUGACGAGCUCAAGACCGUCGACGAGUUGGCCUCGCUCAACAGACCAGCCGGCUCAGUGCCAGGACUGCUGCUCGGUGCCAGCCUGUGCGCUCUGCUUCACCACAACCCCUCAAUCAGCAGCGCCGUCCUCAUCUGCGCGACAUUUUCGCCGCCGCCACCAACUCCUCUGUGGGCGCAAGCGUUCCAGCCAACGCAGGCAUAUGCCCAACCGGCCGCCACGCCCGCUGCAUCGGAUACACCGCCCGUCUUCCGCCAUCGAGGCGUUGUCAAUGUCACCCUCGGCGCGGACACCAACGACGUCCUGGUGUUCACCACCACUGGACCCUUUACAGCACCCGUGCCGCCUCGCGACAGUCUCCUCCUCGGCCCUCCCUUCGGCUACGGUUCGACCGCGACCGCGUUCGAGGGUAUCCUCACUCUACUCCCCAAAUCGGUGCGCUGCGUCGUCAAGAUGACCGAGAUGGAUAAGUUUGCGCCAGAACACGGAGGUGCGCCAGGGGACAACGGCGACGACCACUUGCGGCCGACACGUGCCCAAGUCCGCGCUGCGUUUUGGGACGAGGAUACCGUCCUGCGUCGGCUCGAGGGCUAUGGAGUCGCGCCGCGCCUGUACGGCAGUGACGAGCUGUACUGGGGCGACUGCAACGGGCAGGACCGAUCCGGGACGCUGUUCACGGUCAUGGAGAACGUCGGCGAGGAGAUGCCCUUUGCAUGCGCGCGCGACGAGCGCAUCCAAUACGAUAUCCGCUCAAUGUACGCGGCCAUCCACGCUGCGGGCGUGUGCCACGGGGACGUUGCGUGGCGCCACGUCCGCCGCGAUGGUGCCGGCCACCUGCGCCUGAUCGACUUCAACCAGGCGACGCUGCGCGGCGGCCAUUGGGACGAGGAUUGGAGCGCACUCUGCAGCCGUGAGAGGCGCGAGGUCGAGCGCAUGAUGGACGAAACGGUCCGCCUCGCGCGCAAGUACGGCCCAUACUAG